CUCGUCCUCGCGAGCGAAUUUUUUCCCUCGAAUAAUUAUAGAACUCAUUUCAGACUAUCCCCCCCUUCCCCCCACUUGGCGGCCGAACUUGUCACCACACACAUAUAUAUAUGUAUAUCUCGCGCUCGUGCCCGCAGUCUGUUGUUGUCGAUCGAGAAGGAUAAAGGAUUCGGUGGGACUCGUGGAGUGUACGCGAAUUGCUGCACGCGUGCGCGCGCAAGUGUAAAUUCGUUCCGCUGCGUUUUCAAAAAGCGCAAAGAGCCGGGGAGAGCCUUCGCUUCACGGGGGCGAAUCUCGCGUCGUGAGGCGCGCGCCGUUAAUAACAAUCGAACGGCGAUUUCGGGAGAUCUCGCGGAAGGAAAACGCACGCCUUUCACCGCGCCAUCACAACGUGCGCGGGUUCCCCUUUCCGCCGUAGUACGCGGCGCAGAUCGUUUUCCUCGCUUCUUCGGCGCGCAAUUUCGCGGGAUCACUUUCUCGCGAGCCGCUCGAGUCGCGCGAGCCGUGCCUCGAGGAAAAGAAGAGUUUGCGUGAGCCAGAGUAAGAGCGAAGAAAGAGAGAUAAAUAGGUAAAUAGAGAGCGGAGAGAUAGGCGGCUCCCGCGGAAUAUAGUUCGUAGGGAAAAGUCGGCCGCAAACGUCGAUAGCCAGCAACGACGAUGAGCGAGACAACGUGUCGAGAUGAGGCCCACAUGAUGACAACGCCCGACUUGAUCGAAGCUCAUGGUUACGUAGCCGAGACCCACCAGAUUUGUACGGAAGACGGUUAUUAUUUAACUGCGCAUCGUGUGCUUUCAUCUAACGAUCGAGUACCAUCGGUGCCAUUAAACGCCGACACCAUCACAAAUAACGAUGAGGCUGUUACCGAUAAUAAAAGUAGCGAAGAUCGCAACUCGUCAGUUUCUCCCGAUGGUAGUCGAAUCUUAGAAACGCUCGAAUGUUGCACCAGUCCAGGCGUUAAAUUGCCAAUUAUUAUAAAUCACGGACUCUUAUCGAGUUCCGCAGAUUGGGUGCUUCUGGGACCUAACAAAUCCCUUGCAUAUCUCCUUUGCGACUAUGGAUUCGACGUUUGGCUCACAAACGCUCGUGGAAACACCUACUCCCAAUCUCAUAAACAUUACUCGAAUAAAGAUAGGGAGUUUUGGAAUUUCAGUUGGCACGAGAUCGGGUAUUAUGAUUUACCAGCGACGAUAGAUUAUAUCUUGGAAAAAACUGGUCAUGCCGAACUGUAUUAUAUCGGUCACAGUCAAGGUGCAGCCGCGUUCUACGUAAUGGGCAGCGAAAGACCUGAAUACAACGCUAAAGUCAAAGGAAUGAUAAGCUUGGCACCGGCAGUAUUUUUGGGAAAUCAAAGAAGUCCACUUUUAAAGUUUAUCGUACAGUUUUACAGUCUAAUCGAUUGGGGAUCUUACAUUUGCAAUAUACAUCAGUGGUUACCUCGUAGUAAAUGGCAAAGUCGUUUAUUGCGGACCUUUGUAUGCAACGCUCCUCUUACGUUGACGAAGGGUUUCUGUAACUGCUGGUUUUUUCUCAUCGCCGGAUUCGGUAGCAAUCAGCUCGAUAAAGCCAUGUUGCCUUUGAUAUUUGGACACUCCCCGGCAGGCGCCUCAAUCAAACAACUCCUCCAUUAUAGCCAGCUAAUACUCUCCGGAUCUUUUCGAAAAUUUGAUUAUGGCAAUAAAGCAAACUUAACUCUCUAUGGAUCUACACAACCAUCUAAAUAUACUCUCGAAAGAGUAAAGGUACCUGUGGCGAUCUUCUACAGCGAAAAUGACUUUAUCACUCAUCGCAGCGAUGUUCAGAAAUUGGUGGAUAAUUUACCAAAUGUUAUACACACUGAAAAAAUAACAUGUGAAAAAUUCAAUCACAUCGAUUACCUCUGGGGUCGCGACGCAAAGACAAUUUUAUAUAACAGUAUCGCGACUGUGUUGAAAAAAUUUUAAAAUUUUAAUAUUUUACCAAACAAAUUGUUUUGUAAAAAUUUUGUACACAACUUUAUAUCUAACAGUUAGGAAUAUUUUAUAUUACCUCAAGAAUAUCAUUUGUUACUAGAAAUAUUAUUUUAUGUAGAAAAAUUAGUAUAAGUAUAUAAAGCAAUUGUUAACUAUUUGUGAAAAUAGGAAUACCGUUUGCAAUAGUGGCUAUUUAUUCAUGUAUAUGUGUGUGCAUACGUAUACACAUAGAGCAGUCUCCUAUUAUGAGAUGGACCCCUAAUAUGAGAUAGCGGGUUUCGCCAUGACUUUAUUGCCCUUGG